AUGGCCGAGCUGCUUGCUGCCUCGCGUACGUGUCGCGUGCGCCCACCGCGUGUCGCCGUGGUGAUGGGCAUCCGCAGCGUCAACCAAGUCCCCAGCCUGUAUUCACAUCUCCAACGUCACUCAUCCUUCUUGUCAGUAUCUUGGACUCUGCAAGCUUGCGACACCACGUUCUCUGCCACGCCGCAGGUGGUCUCGACACGCAAGAUGCCUCGAGGCCUGCUACCAGCGAGCGUCUCCUUAUCGUCGUUGCUCGAGACUCUCUCACGGUUGCUGCCGCGAUGGCCAUCACUCCCAUACUUCCAGCACUGGCCAACAGGUGUGCUCACUCGCGCUGCGAGCUCAGAGCCUCGGAGACUAGAUCAGCUGCCACCCGAGGUCCUCCACAUCAUCGGCUCGUGGUGCAGCCAGGACGUCUCUUGCCGAGACGCCACACUGGCCAGCAUGUGCCUGGUCUCCCGCUCCUUUGCGGCCAUCUUCACCCCCUGGCUGUACCACACACUCCUGCUCUGCGCGCUCCCCAGCCCUCGAACGCUCGAGAAGCUGCUCGUCACUCUGGCCACAACACCAGCUCUCGCCCGGUACAUCCGCUACGUCGACGCCACGGGCGACCUGUCCGCCGUGGAUCCAGAGUUGCCUCGAGAGACGUACAGACAGGUGCAGCCCUGGAUCAGCGAGUACUACUCGCACUUUUUCGCGCACUACUUCUGGUGCUCCAUCGACCAGUGGUCCGGGGACGCGCCCGAGGACGGGUACGUGGCGCUGCUGCUCAUCCUGGCGCCAAAUAUCGACACGCUGGUGUGGCAGUACACGCCCAACUACGACAUUAUCGAGAGGCUCUUUGACAAGGAGUAUCUCGACACGGCGGCGGUCCACGGCGUGCCCGAGGACGAGCUGCGGCGGCUGCAGCGGCGGUGCCCGGUGUCCCGGCUGCGGCACUUCAUCCUGCUGAACCAGCACCCGGCGGGCCUGGACCAGGGCUACUCGACGGGCGUUGGGCCGGUGUUUCUGACUGAGAGGCUGCAGACGUUGCAUCUCUCGGGCGUCCGCUGUCACGGCAUCUUCAGCCUGCCCCCGACCAUCACCGUCCGCAGCAUCCCGCCUCUCCUGCCCUCCUCGUCCUCAUCCUCUUUCUCAGGCCCAGAGUCAGGAUCGGACGCACACCCAGAAGAAAAGCGCCCCGGCAUCCCACGACAGAUCAUCCGCACCCCCAAGAUCCGUAACCCGACGCUGCUGGACCUGCACACCUUGUCCCUCGAGAGCGUCUGCAUCGCCGCGCCGCUGCUCCGGCACAUCCUGGAGGCCGCCUCGCCGGCCUUGCACUGCCUGCACCUCGACGACCACUACUUUGCCUCCGACCCGGCCCAGCACCGCGCCUUCCCCCACAUUAUGAGCCCGGCGCACCUGGGCGCCGUGCUGAGGGGAGAGCGCCUCAACAGCCGGCCUCAGCAGCAGUAUCACCAUCUUCAGCAGCAGCAGCAGCAGCAACAGGGGCAGGGACAGCAGAAACAUCUCAGCAGCAGCGACGACGGCAACGGCACCCACGCCAUCAUCGCGCUCAAGUGUCUCGACAUCCGGCACCACGCGGGACACCCGUUCCGCCGGCGCACAGCAGCCCUGAUGGAGGAGCCAGACAACAACAACAACCACAACAACUACAACGCGGGGCAACAACAAGAGGAUGUGGACGACGACAAUGACAGCGACCACGACGACGAAGAGCAAGUUGCGCUCGCGCUGUCGAUGCUACAGCUCGGCUCGCUCGCCAGCCUGUCCAGCCUGACGGACCUGCGCAUCGAUCUGGACUUGCUGCUCGGCGGGGCCAGGGGCUCGUUUUCCAGUGACACGUCCUCGACAGGCUCUACCAAUACCACGACUGCUGCUGCUCCGGCUACUAAUCUGACGCCGAUCGGCCUGGUCGACGUCCUCCCCAGAUCGAUCGAGCGCGUGCGCGCGUACCCCACCUCUUUGGCAGGGGGCCGGCGCGCCGUGGACCGGCUGUUUGACCUCAUGCGCGAGUGUCGCUGCCCUGGUCGUCGCCGUCGUCGGCGCCGUCUUGGUCCUUGUGGUGGUGGUAGUCAUGGUGGCGGCGGUAGUCAUGGUGGCGGCGGGUCUACACUGGACCGGCUGGAGAUCGUGGCGGUGGACAUCGGGGAGAGCAGUGAGGCGGGCAUGCUCGCCACGGAGCGGGCACGGACGCGGUUCAUGCGGUACUGCAUGACGAUGGAGACUGUGCCGCGGGGCUGGGCUCUCCUGCCGCCGCGCAAGGGUGAUAUUGGCGGUGGUGCUAGUGGUCGGAAGGCGAUAUGGUAUUACCUUGGUUCUGUGUAAGUGGUUGGCAGAUAUGGCUUCGGGCACUUUCUGCGGGAGCGAUGCCGCAUUUCAGACAUGGUGGCCAUGGGUUCAUGGGGCGUGACGAGAAGAAAGAAUAGAAAUGCUGUGGACGUCACCAAGGGCAGAGUGCCAGGAACACUGAAGGGAAUUCUUUCCGCUGGAUACGAGGACUGCGAGGAGAUUGAGAUUUCGUUGACAGGACGAACGUCGUGGUGAACGUGACUACCUAGGUACCCAGGUAAGCAGUUCAGUACCACGAUUGAAGAUUGUAGGACAAGACGUGUCAACCAGGGAGAAAUUAUGACAUCACGACAUUGACGAAC